UACUCCUCCACUGUCUACACGCAAGCACAAGCACGAACGCAAGCUCCCGGCGUUUCCCCAGAUUGAGCACUGUGGUUGGCUGUCUGGUUGUCGUAACACAGGAGACAUCAAUUGGACGAUCGGGACACCAUGGGCAUCAAAUUCUUGGAAGUGAUCAAGCCAUUCUGCGCAGUUUUGCCAGAAAUCCAAAAACCUGAAAGAAAGAUCCAGUUCAGAGAGAAAGUUCUAUGGACAGCCAUCACUCUCUUCAUCUUCCUCGUCUGCUGCCAAAUCCCCCUCUUUGGCAUCAUGUCAUCAGACUCAGCAGAUCCAUUCUACUGGAUGAGGGUUAUUCUGGCCUCCAAUCGAGGCACAUUGAUGGAGCUGGGAAUCUCCCCUAUUGUCACUUCGGGCCUGAUUAUGCAACUUCUUGCUGGGGCUAAAAUCAUCGAAGUUGGAGACACGCCCAAAGACAGAGCCCUCUUCAAUGGAGCGCAGAAAUUGUUUGGAAUGAUCAUCACCAUUGGGCAAGCUAUUGUUUACGUGAUGACUGGCAUGUAUGGUGACCCCUCAGAGAUGGGAGCGGGAAUUUGCCUGCUCAUCAUCAUUCAGCUGUUUGUGGCCGGGCUCAUCGUACUGUUGCUGGAUGAGUUGCUCCAAAAAGGCUACGGUCUUGGCUCGGGCAUCUCAUUGUUCAUCGCGACCAACAUCUGCGAGACAAUCGUCUGGAAGGCUUUCAGCCCGACUACUGUGAAUACAGGCAGAGGCACCGAAUUUGAGGGCGCAAUCAUCGCUCUUUUCCAUCUGCUGGCAACCAGGACGGACAAAGUGCGCGCCCUGAGAGAGGCCUUCUACAGACAGAACCUGCCUAACCUCAUGAACCUCAUUGCCACAGUCUUUGUUUUUGCUGUCGUCAUAUAUUUUCAAGGAUUCCGAGUGGAUCUGCCAAUCAAGUCAGCUCGCUACCGUGGGCAGUACAACACCUACCCCAUCAAGCUCUUCUACACCUCCAACAUUCCCAUCAUCCUGCAGUCUGCGCUGGUCUCCAAUUUGUACGUCAUAUCCCAGAUGCUUUCCACACGCUUCAGUGGGAACUUCUUGGUCAAUCUGCUCGGAACCUGGUCUGACGCUUCAAGUGGUGGUCCAGCUCGGGCGUAUCCUGUCGGCGGUCUUUGUUACUACCUCUCCCCACCUGAGUCAUUUGGAUCAGUUCUAGAGGAUCCAGUCCACGCACUUAUCUAUAUUGCUUUCAUGCUUGGAUCAUGUGCCUUCUUCUCCAAAACCUGGAUCGAAGUCUCGGGCUCCUCUGCAAAAGAUGUGGCCAAACAGCUGAAAGAGCAGCAGAUGGUGAUGAGGGGACACAGAGAGACUUCUAUGGUCCAUGAACUAAACAGGUACAUACCUACUGCAGCUGCAUUCGGCGGACUGUGUAUCGGCGGCUUAUCCGUGAUGGCUGACUUCCUCGGCGCGAUUGGCUCAGGCACGGGAAUCCUGCUGGCUGUCACCAUCAUUUAUCAGUACUUUGAAAUUUUUGUCAAAGAGCAAAGUGAAGUAGGCAGUCUGGGGGGAUAUUUCUUUUAGGAACUGCCACCAUCCUGUGUAUUUUUGACACCUUUUGUGAAGCACUCCCAUCAUCAGCUUCCCGUCUUCAGGAUAUUUUAGCGUCCAGGAUUCUCACAUCAAAUGAGGUGUCGUGAGAUGAGAUAACUUGUGCUACCGCCACGCAUCUACAAACGCAAUAGACUUGACAGUUGGAUUUUUUUUUUUUUAAUUCAAUUUUGAAGCUCCCCAGUAUUCACUUAAAGGCUGCCGUUGUCUGGAGCAUUCAGCCUUUUUAUUCCACUCCUGACUGACAUGAUAGAACUUCAGGAUGCGGGCAUACUUGGCUGGGAUGAUGAUGACCCAAUUGCCUGCUGUGUGCAUAAAAGCACACAACCUUGUCACAUUUCUUAGACAUUCUUGUUCCACUUCACUUUUUUUUCCCUAAUGCGCUGCGAACAUGAAGGAAGGUGCAGACUAGAAGCUGAACUGUGUCAGACGUGAUGGAGUCAAGUACUGUCCUUUCUCAAAUGGUGCUCCUGUGGCCAUUUCUAAUAGAACAUCAUAUAAGUGAAGAACAAAAGGAUGGGAGUCUUACUUUUUAAUAAAAGGCAAUCAUGGGGAGCUGCAGUUUUAACUUUGUGGUCAUAUUAAUGUUCAUUUUUCUUUUGUUUUUAUUGUCUGCUUCGAGAAACAUUUCAUCACCUGCCCCUCGACAGAUAAUUUAUUGUUUUGUGUACAUAGACCAUGUGUUGGAAUUUGUUUUAAGUGUAAGAUAAAGUCUUUGGAAUACUUUAUAAAACAUGAAAGCAUUUCAGAAUAACCUUAUAGAACACGUUUUCAAUAAAAGCAAUUUUGGAAGAAC